AUGCUUGAUUCUUCAACUGCUGUAGCCAUCGAAUUCUAUGAGAGGUCGCAUUCGUCGGAGCAGCUUUUGCUCUCGUUUCCCAAUGCCAAAUCGAGUCGGGAAGGUACGGGGCUUGAUUUCACCCACUCUCACUCUGGUCAGCAUACCAAGCUGAUCAUUAACUCGUCCGGGUCUACGUCCCAGGCUGCUAUAUACACACAGCCCUCGCGUUUCUUUACUGAACGAACCGUCUUUUCUCCUACGAAAAUGGCUACUUCAGUAGUGACGACAGCCGCCUCUCAAGGCAAUGGCUUUUCGGGUAACGAAUUCCGAUCCGGCUAUUCGACUUGGUCAGGUCAGGAACCGGUGAGUCGGGUUUCAUUUAUUCAUUUACCGUUUUGA